AACCAGCGCUGCAUCAGAUCUGAAGCUCUCAUUUGUUUAUUCCAGCGUCUCAGCUGGUAUAUCAACGCUUCCACCAGCAGCAUCCUCUCGGUCCACGGUGUCUUUUCCAUCGUCUGGGAUGAUGGCAGCACAGAUAAAAAAAAAGGAAGGACUCUGCAGCUCAUGAUCCUCUUUGUCCUCCUCAGCCUCAGCCGGCAGUUCGAGGUUAAAGAGGAUGAGUGGAAGGAGCUGGGGCCUGAUAUGACUGCUCUUUAUCGUCUCUGCAGACCAUCUGACCACGUCCUCUGGAACACUUCAAACACCAGGUGGUUACUAGGCAACAGCAACGGACUUCAGUUAGAUCCCGGAUAAAAGUGGACUGAACUCUGUGAUGGCAGCUGCAGUGACAGACCUGGACCGGGCUCCGGUGGCCUUCGGACGGUGGGCCGUCCCGCAGCUGUUCUCGGAGCUGCAGCAGCCGGAGGCCGCGCGCAGGCUGCCGGCUCUGGCCUCACUCUGCGACCUGAUGCACGACCCGGAGCGGCUCUACGAGACCGUUAACGGAGGUUUUCUGGAGCAGCUGAAGGUUUUGUUACAGGAUGAAGAUCCAUCAGUCAGACGAAAAACGUGCGAGCUGCUUCACCUGCUGACGGCCCACAGCAUCGGCAGACGGGCCCUGCUCGCCUCCUCCCUCCUCCCUCCUCUGUCUGAGCUUCUGGACGACUCCUCAUCCUCCUGCAGGAGAAACGUCCUCCAGGUUCUGAACCGCCUCGCUGAGCUGCCUGCAGGUGCAGCAGCUCUCCUAACGCUGGUUCCUAAACUGAUGCUGACGCUCAGACAGGAGGAGGAAGAUGAGGAGGAGGAGGAGCUGCUCCUCUCCACCCUCAGCUGCUGUUCAAAGCUCAACGCUCUGCCGGCUCUGGCCUCAGACGGAGUCUCACUGCUGGGCCACAAACUCUCCCACAGCUCCCCGAACAUCCGCAGAGAGGCAGCGGCGGCCAUGAUGGAGCUCAGUGUUCCUUUGGACGGGAAGCGACAGGUCUGUGAGCUGCAGGUCCUUCCGGUCCUGGUGGGUCUGCUGCAGGACGAAGACGUUGAGGUUCAGACCAACGCUGCAGGAGUCAUCAUGAACACUGUGAUCAUCACCGCAGGUAAACUUCAGUGCCUGGACCUCCACGUCAUCCCUGUUCUCCUCCAGCUGCUGUCUGAGAAGCAAGAGAAGGAGGAGGAGAGGAGGAGGAGGAAGGCUCUGGUCCUCUACUCCUUGCGGGCUCUGACUGCGCUGGCCGAAGCUCCGGUGGGCCGCCGCCUCCUGCUGGAGCAGCUCCCCGUGCUGGUGAGGAGGAGCGAGGAGGAGGACCAGGACAUCCAGCAGGCCGCUCAGACUGCUAUCGGGGUCAUCACCUGGACCCCCUGAGACCUUCAGGACCUCUGACCUCCAGGGUUCAUGUCAGAGUCAAUAAAUCUGUUUCCACAAAAAGCUUUGACGCUGAAAUCUGAAAAACAUUUGAACCUCAAACUUGAGAAAUUUUCUCACCUUGAGUUUGAUGGAAGUUUCUUUGUCAUUGGGACAGAAUAAAGUUUUCAGCUCUCCCGGUGAGAUCAGGGACUGAGACCAGCUGCUGUGGUCUCUGUUGUUCACUUUUAAGUUUCUUUUGUCAUAUUUUGUUGAAAUAAACAGUAAAAAAUCA